AUGUUCACCGGCAUCGUUGAGGAUAUUGGAGUCGUCUCCCACCUUGACAGCAAUGACUCCACUGGAGGCACCACCAUGACGUUCACCAUCCCCCCUCACUCACCCCUGCUUCAAGAUUGCCACGAGGGUGAUUCAAUCGCCGUCAAUGGCUGUUGCCUCACCGUCACAUCCUUCACUUCGGACACGUUCAAGGUCGGUGUGGCUCCGGAAACCUUGCGCAUCACCAACCUCGGCACGCUUGUUGAGAACAGCCCGGUCAAUCUGGAGCGAGCUGUGAGAGCAGAUACACGCAUGGGAGGACACUUUGUGCAAGGACAUGUCGACACGACGGCCGAGAUCCUUUGCGUGACGCCCGACGGAAAUGCCCUGACCUUUAGGUUCCGGCCCAAGAAUCGUGAAAUGAUGCGGCACAUCAUCUUCAAGGGCUUCAUUGCCAUUGACGGUACCAGCCUCACCGUCACCAAGGUCAACGAUGCCGAGGACUGGUGGGAGAUCAUGUUGAUCGCCUAUUCCCAAGAACGAGUCAUUCUUGCCCAGAAAAGAAAAGGAGAGACUGUGAACGUUGAGGUUGAUAUGAUGGCAAAGUAUGCCGAAAAGUCACUGGCGGGUAUCCUAGGCGCAGAGAGCAGCGAAGCAGCUGUUCCUCUGUUGGAGAAGCUAGUUCGGCGUAUCCUCUCUCAGGAGAAGCACUAG